UGUAUGUAUAUUAAUAUAUUUUAAUCGGGGUAAAUUUAACUGUGCCCAAAAGAUGGCGUUACACGGAGAUGGCAGCUGAGGAAUAAAUACCAUUUAAUCAAUGUACUUUUUUGAGCAGCGGUUUGUUUUUGAGUGCUGUCACUGUCAUGGCCAGCUGUCACUAGCUGUCACAGUGACAAAGCGACCAAAGUUACACAAGUGAAGUGAUACAAUAAAAACACGUUAAAAGCCGCGAAAAUUAAAAAUUAAACAUAUUAUUCUAUAAAUAAAAAUGAAAUUAAAUUCUACAGAGUUAUGUAUUUAUUUUUUCAUUUGGAUACUAGCUAAUAUUUACUCUUUAUAUAACCUGUUUGAGGCACAAAGUGAUAUUUUAAACAGUAAGCCACAUGUAGUGCACAAAUUGACUGAUUUACAAAAAGGUUGGGGCUUCAUUGGAAGACACAAGGAUGUUUCUGAUGUUGAGUGGAGCAGUUGGAAAUAUUUUAUAUAUAUAUCGUGGCGUUACCUGAUAAUACAGUUUGUUAUUUCUGAAUUUCUACGCAACACAUUUUUAUCUUUUUUAAAAUACUGGUACAUUAUAUCAAGUGUGGCUUUCGUGACCCUUACUAUGGGAUAUAAACAAAUGAUAAUAAUAUUGACACAACCUGUGAUAUACAUUAUGAUCUUAUAUGGUGGUGGUAAAAAACUUAGUGUUUGGAUCACAAGUAUUUUGCUACUUUUAAGUUACAAUUCUCUGAAAUAUAUGUACUAUUUUUGGAGCUUUUUGGAUUAUGAAGAUAUCCAGGAUGAAGAAGUGUAUUUAAUAUUGUUUAGUGUUGCUUGGAUUGAGCUUCGAUGCAUAAGCUACUCAUUGGACUUUGUAGAGAGAAAAGAUGGAAAAUUAUUGAAUCAAGAGGAUAUAAUUAACAUGUUGAGUUACACAUUAUAUUUACCCUUGCUGUAUACUGGGCCGAUCAUUCUAUAUGAGGAAUUUCAGAAUAGUUUUGAAAGAAGAAGAGAUAAUUUACAAAAAAGAAUCAAAAGGUUUAUUUAUGACAUGAUGGUUUUUCAACUGUACUCACUGGUAUUGGAUUUAGUUUUACAUUACAUAUAUUUCUUUGCAAUGCAAAAUAAUAUGGAGUUGAUUAGAAAAUUACCCACAAUAGCUUUGUGUGGCGGUGGUCUCUUCAUGGGUUUAGAGUUCCACAUGAAGUAUGUGAUAACUUAUGGUACCACUGGAUCAUUUGCCAGGCUGGACCACAUGGAGCCCCCACCUACUCCGCGAUGCAUAGCAAGAAUUCAUGUAUACUCUCAAAUGUGGAGAUAUUUCGAUGUUGGAUUGUACAGAUUUUUAGUUAAGUACAUAUACAAACCUGGUUACAGUACGAUUAAUCAGUGUUGCAACUUGCCAAAGAUCAUUUACAAGUUGAUAGCAUCACUGGCAACAUUUGUGUUCAUUUUUGUCUGGCAUGGCACUGUUUGGCAUAUACUUGUGUGGUCCAUACUUAACUACACAGGUAUCACUUUAGAACACAUAGGCAAGUGUAUUUCAAGGACAGAUAUUUACACACAAUUUAGGAGUAAUAUCUUGAGAUCUGAAGCAAUGGAGGCACGUUUUAUUGCAGCAUUGUGUACGCCAUUGCUUGGCCUGUCAGCGAUUUCUAAUUUCUAUUUAUUUGCUGGCAGUGAAGUUGGCAAUUUAUUUUUUGCAUGUGUAUCACGUUUUUCUUUGCUAAGCUCUAUUAUAUUAGGUGUAUCUUUAUAUAGCUGUUGCCAUGUGUCUAUGGCUUUAGAGUGUGUACCAUCAAGAAGCGUUUCCAAAAAGGUUGAAGCUGUAGAGUGAAUAGUAAAAUUACUUUUAGAAAAGUCUCCUAACAAAAGAUAUAUAACUAUUAUAUUAUGCUUCUUAUAAAAAAAAAACUUAAAUGAGAAGUAUAUUUUAAUUUAUUUAUAUACUAUGUUUGAACCGUCCUCUUGAAUCACUAUCUAAUAGCAUUAGCUAUACGUAAAAACCUUUCUAUUGAAUCAUCAAUCAUCUAUAUAAUGGUGAAAACCAUAUUAAAAUCCGUUAUGUAUUUUAAAAGAUCUAAGCGUACAGACGGUGGAAAGCGAUAUCAUUUUAUUCUAUGACUAGCUGACUCCGCGCGGUUUCACCCGCAUGGUUCCCGUUUCCGUUUGAAUACGGGGAUAAUAUAUAUAGCCUUCCUCAAUAAAUGGGCUAACACUGCAAGAAUUUUUCAAAUCGGACGAAUACUUCCUGAGAUUAACGCGUUCAAACAAACAAACUUCAGCUUUAUAAUAUUAAUAUAGAUAGGAGGAGAAAAAUAUCAUUACUAUGUAUUUUUUGUAUUCUAAUUAAAAACAAUGAAUUAUAAGAAAUUUAAAACAACAAAUGUGAUAAUCAAGUGAGAAUAUUAAAAUAUAA